AUGCAGAGCUUAACAUCAAACGAAGUAGCGGGUUUCGCAGUUGGAGCUCUGCUUCUCGGUGCCACCAUCGCUGCUCCAAAAGUUGAUGCUUUCAUUGCCGCCGCUCAGAGAAGAUCUCUUGGGAUGUGCACAAAAUGUGGAGAUCUUAAGAGUGUAGCAUGUGGACGCUGCAAAGGAACAGGAUCGAUCAAAUCAGGAGGAAUCUUUGGAUUCGGUGACUCAACAAACGCUAGAUCAGCCCCGUGUGAUAAGUGCCAAGCCAAAGGUUGUUUCCCUUGCCCCGAGUGCUCAAAAUCUUGA